CUAUAAAUAGGAGGGAUGAAACCAGCAGAGAUCAGAUUCUCUCUACAGAGACCUCUACAGCACACAGAUCCAGACAUGGCACCUACAAUCACUGCAGCUCUGACCAACUCUCAGGAACAUCUGACUCUGACUCACAAGCUCAGAAAGCCUCUGGUGGAGAAGUUACGCAGAGAGAGAAUCAACAGCAGCAUUGAGCAGCUCAAGUCUCUCCUGGGUCCAGAGUUCCUCAAACAGCAGCCAGACUCCAAGCUGGAGAAAGCAGACAUCCUGGAGAUGACAGUCUGUGUCCUGACACAGCUGCAGCAGCACAAUCAACAGCAGAGAAGACUGAUGAUGAAGAACUUCAACAAGCUGCAGUCUUCCUCUGAUAAGAACCUGACAGAGGCUGACUUCUCUCCUCUGAGCUCCACGGACCAGAGCAGCAUCACCAAAGACAAGAGUCCAGUCCACAGCGCCCCCUGGAGGCCGUGGUAGACACCUACAGACUGGAGUUACAACCAGACAACGUGAGACCACCACAGUGGUCAAAGAUUACUGGAAGUGAAUUCAGUGAAAUUGAAGGACUUGUUCUUCUGUAUGAACAGAAGUCUGUAUCUGUGUGUUUGACAUUUCCUGAGGAAAUGACACAAACUAUAUCUUUCAAGUUCAGAAAGAGAACAUCUUGUCAUGCAUGUUGCAUGAAUCCAAUCUGAUUGCGGCAGCAAUUAUUAUUAUACCUCAGUCUACUUCAUGUACUGGUAUUAUAUAAUGUUAUGAUAACAUUUGUUAUUUUAGAUCAUUUUGAUCUUUGACAUGGGAAACAUCUAAAUGUCCUUUUUUAUGGACAUAAAACUGAUCUGUUGUAAGAUCAAGAUCACUUUUUCUAAAAGUGUUGCUUCAUAUCUUCAUGUUUCCUGUGAUGUUUGUUACAUCUUGAAUAGUUUUGAUCAUAUUGAUCAAUUGUUGAGUUAUUGUCCUUUUUUAGGACAUGUUAUCAUUGUUUACUGCAGAUCAUUUGAUGUGAUUAUUGAAACCUGAUCUGUUGCAGAUCAAUAUGUUUGAACUUUUAUUGUAAAAGUUUCACUUUAAUGUCACAGUUUUAUUGUGACAAUAUGACUUUAUUAUUUUCAGGAUCAGCUGAAGUUUCUGAUCACUGAGAAUAAUGUUGUCUUACGUAAAGUGCUUUGAGUAUUUUUGCUUUUAUUUAUGAAGAGCAAACCUUUAAUCCAUUUGUAAAAAAGAGUGAAAGUACAGUGAGAACUGUGUCCUCAGAUACUUUUACCUGUUUGUCUUUUAUAAAGACUCUUGUUCCUUGACUCUCUCAGAGUACAGUGUGUCUUGUAGAAAUCUACAAGUUGUUGUUGUGAUGCAUCAUCACCUGGAGUUGAACUGUUUACACUUGUUGUUUAUUGAAUAAACAAACACUGUCUGAUGAAAA